UUUAUUACAGAAGUUCGGUGUUUAAUAUAAACAGUCCAGCCAACUAUAUCCAUUUUGCAAGUCGUGAACAUGUUAGAAGCAGAAACAAAUAAUGAAUGGACAAUACUGGAUUACCUGAAUGAUGACUGCUGGUGUGCUGUGUUGCAAUAUGUGGCCGUCCGGGACCUCAUUCGGACAGAGAGCACCAGCAGGCAUUGGCAGAAACGGUUGCUGCAGUACUUGCGAGGAGUUCGUUUAACUGUUAUAGAAACAUCAUGCAAGACUCCCAAGAGACAUUCAAAUGAUACUAGAUUAAAUCUGCAGACACAAGAAUAUGAGUCAUUUUUAAUAUGGACUAACAAACUAGGCUCUUCAGUAGUGGCUACUGACUGUUAUAGUUUGGAAACUUUGAAAAUAAUUAGGGAGAACUGCCCUAAAUUGGAAAGCCUAUUUUUUCACGAUCUGCCUGACACUCCUGACAGCUCGGGGUCAGGAGUGUUUCCCUACAAUCUGAAUAAGGACUUCAAGAGCUUGAAGGGGCUAUAUUUCAAUAACUGUUGUGUAACAGACAACUGCAUCAACCAAUUUAUAGCGGAUAAAGCAUUAGAAGAUUUAGAAUUGCGCAAUUGUCAGAUAGUGAAAGGGGAUUUUUUCAAUAUUGUAGACUUGUCAAGCGUAAAAUCCCUUGCCUUGGAAGAGUGUUAUGCGCCUUGA